UUUACAUCUUCAAAGUACAAUUACCAAUAUUUUGUUGCAUUAUAUAGCCUUUGGCUUUGGACAUUUUUCCUUCCAUUCCCAUCUAUAAAAACCAAACCUUUCUUCUAUUUUCCAGAAAAUGACAUUGAAUUCUAUUUCUCCAUAGCCAUUUCAAGGUACAAUAACAUAACAACUUUCUUCUUCUUCUUCUUCUUCUUCUUCUUGCUUUUCACUCACUUUCUUGUUUUAUACGUUUUCUCUUUGCAUGAAUGUUUGGACUUUCUCUUUUGGAGUUUCUCUUUCUUUUUCCAAUGGUUGACAAAUAUUAGUCGCCAAAAAACUGACAUAAGCAAUGGCCGUUUUCUUCCUCUUGUCACAGUUUCUUCAUCAUUUUCCAAAUUAAGAAAGAGUUGGUUAGAGUUGUGCCAGAAUGUACAAAAGGACUUUAAAUAGCUGAAGGAAAGUUUCCAACUUUUAUUCCCCUAUUCAAAAAGCUUGAAAUAAGAUCAAUCUUUUUCGUUUUUCGUCAUCGGUUCGGAAUUUGAGCUGAUAAUGGAUCAUUUGAUCUGGAAUGGAUAUGGAUCAAGAGUUGCAAUGAAGACGACGACGACGACUUCGUCGUCGUUUUGGAGAAAUUACCAACAAGGAGUUGAAGAAAGGUUCAUGAUAUCCAACUCAGAUAAUUCCAACUUCUUCAACUCAGUUCAAGACUGCCCAAUUAAAGAAGCUGCAACUUCUUCAACUCUGGUAUCAAAAACAGGGGAAGCUUUGGUUAUGAGUCCUCCAUUGACAAACUUUACAACAUCCAGCAACAUGGAUGUUGUUGGCCUUGAAUCACAGCUCCUCCCCAGUUUCAACGGCGACAGAUCGGUGACGGUAACGACGUGCUCUCUCGAGUCAUUGGACUGUUUGCUUUCAGCUACAAACAGCAACACAGACACAUCAGUUGAAGAUGAUGGAUCAGUUUCAAUGAUGCUAACAGAUUACACCAAUUUAUGGAACUUUGGAGGCAAUGCAGCAGCAUCUUCAAGAGAAUCUGAAAAGAAUGGUUCAAAUUCUACAAAGAGAAGCCAUGAACAAACUCAUUCCAAAGCUGCAGAUUACUCUAUUUUCUCAAAUAACAUCAUAAAUCUAUCUGAUUCCACUUCAGACAGUGGAGGAUUUAGGAUCAUAACAGAUCAGAAUCUGCCAAAACAGAAGAAACCCAGAUCAGAAAAGCCACCGAGUUCAUCAAACAUCAAUUUUCAACAAUCAUGUUUAUCAGGAUCUUCUUGUAUUGAUCAAGAGCCUGAUCCAGAGGCCAUUGCACAAAUGAAAGAGAUGAUCUACAGAGCAGCAGCUUUCAGGCCAGUGAAUUUGGGGUUAGAAAUGAUAGAAAAGCCUAAAAGGAAGAAUGUGAGAAUUUCAACAGACCCACAAACUGUAGCAGCAAGGCAAAGGAGAGAAAGAAUCAGUGAGAGAAUUAGGGUUUUGCAAAGGCUUGUUCCUGGUGGAAGCAAAAUGGAUACAGCAUCAAUGCUUGAUGAAGCUGCAAAUUAUCUCAAAUUCUUGAAGUCUCAGAUCAAAGCUUUAGAGAAUCUUGGGCAAAAGCUUGAGUCUUUGAAUUGCCCUCCAACUAGCAUAGCUUUCUCUUUCAACCCAUCUUUUCCCAUACAAUCAUCAUCAUCAUCCUCCCAUAAUAAUUUCACACUCCUAAAUCCCAACCAUCUUAUUAACCAAUAUCCCCAAAACUAAUCUUUCUUCCUCAAAAAAACUGUCCUCAAGAUUACUCAACUUUUGAUCAACUGAUGUAGCUCAAAUUUAUUGGUUCAUGUUUCAAUCUUCAAUGUCUCUCUCUCUCAACACAAAUCAAUAAAUUCACAUUGCACCCAA